UCCUUGCAUAGGAACUCCAAAUCCUCUGAAAUAAAUUCUAACUUCAACCCCUCGCCUGAACCCUUACCUUGGUUCGCCGUCGCCGUUGUCAGCAUCCGGGCGUCGCCGGCCGUCCUUCGCUUUCCAUCUUCGGAGGCUAAGCGAAUCUCAGGCCCAAGCCCGGUUUAGCUGGAUGAGAAGGGUUUUGGUUAGGGUUUUGGACGAGCAGGUUUCACCCCUCCUCGUCGAAGAAUCGGAAAGCGCUGAAAUGCUGAGCUGCAAUCGGAGUUCAUAGAUGUGAAUUUUUGAAAUAAGAGGUGAAAUCCUAGCCUUUUUCUCCGCUCAAUCGAUCUCCAUGCUGCAUUCUCUCUUUGCUUCUAGGUUCCAAUCAUUAAACAUUCCGAGAAAUUUGCGUCUUUUUGAUAAAUUUCUAAGCAUGUCCAUCUCCUGCUCAGUAGAAGCUUUGGAUUUCUCUGAAGACAGCCUGCAUUUGGAACCGGGGUUGCUUCAAAAUUCAAUCUUUGAACUGCCAAAUUCCUGUAUCACAUGUUCAGUUUAUCUCGAGAGGGAUCUGACUGCGAGUUUUUAUAAUAUCUGGCAAUCAGCCCAACUUGCUCGUCGCAGCCGAGUGCAAAAUUAUGCUAAAGCUGGCAAUUUGAAGGCCGCACUGGAUGUUUUGAGUCUAAUGAAUCCGAGUGUGCUUGAUUACAAUGCUCUCUUGCAUUCUUAUCUCAAAUCUAGUGCUGUCUGUGUGGAUAAACUGGCUGAAGUUAUUGAGGGGAUGGAAAGAUUUGGACCACCUCCAAAUGUUUGGACAUUCAAUAUACUCUUCAAUGGUUUGUGUAAAUUAGGGUAUUUGAAAGAUGCUUUAUCUGUACUAGAGGAAAUGCACAGCAAUAAGUUCAUUCCUUCCUUUUCAUCCUUGAUGAGACUGUUGAAGAAAUCCUUGAGUGCAUGUGAGUUUGAUGUUUCUCUCUGUGCAUUAUCAAUGAUGAUAAAUCAUGACUAUUUACCUACUUUGCCUGUGUUGAAUUGCUUGAUUUCUGGUCUAUGCAAAGCUGAUAUGCUUCAGGAAGCUUGUAAUAUAGUUUCAUUUCUUCUUGAUAGGGGCUUUUCCCUCAAUGUGUGCACCUACAAUCCCAUUCUUUUCGGGUUAUGCAAGUCAGGUCAAUGUGACACUGCUUUGUCUCUUUUUUACAAGCUCAGAAGAAAAGGAUUUACUGCCAAUGUUUAUUCUUAUACAGCUUUAGUUUUGGGGUUCAGCAAGAAAGGGCUAUGGGAGGAAGCUUAUCGAACUUUGGAGCAGAUGCAUGUAAAUGAUUGUGCACCUAAUGUUGUUACAUAUACUGUGCUUAUCAAGUUUCUUUGCAAGCAUUCAAAGAUUGAGGCAGCAUUGCAGAUUUUGAAUGUGAUGAGCAAAGAAGGCUGUUCUCCAGAUUUGGUUACAUACAAUACUCUACUCCAUGCGCUUUGUAGCCUAAAUAGAGUGUCUGAUGCCCAUGAUUUGAUUAGGGUUAUGGAGAGAAACGGUACCUUUCCUGAUCAUGUGACUUAUUGUGCUUUAGCCACUAGUUUAUUGAAGGCUGGGGAAUUGAAGCAUUCCCAUGAUCUUCUCUGCAGAAUGGCUUCAAGUGGAGGCCAAUUUGUUGAUUCUGUGACUGGUAAUAUCUAUUUCCAGAUCUUAUGUUCUGAUCAUAGAAAUGGAGAAGCAAUAAGCAAAGUCAGCAGUAUGAUGGAGCAUGGAUUUGUCCCCACAAAUGUGACAUACAACACAAUAUUGAAAGGGCUUUGUAGUGAUGCGAAGCUUGUUGAAGCAUUAGAGCAUUUAGAUAAUUUCAAGUGGGAAAGAGGUGGACCUGAUUUGGUUUCUUUCAAUACAUUAUUGUCUGCUGCAUGCAGGCAGGGAACUGCAUCAGUGAUCAGGAGUGUCCUUGACCGUAUGGGCACAGAAGGAUUUAAGCUUAAUAUUGUUGGCAUGACUUCUCUGAUGCAAUACUUUGGCAAGAUUGGUGCUUUAGUUGAAAGCUUAAAGCUUUUUGAGCAUAUGAUCAGUGAGGGACAGUGUCCUAGUACCAUCACAUAUAAUGUGAUUCUUGGUAACCUAUGCAGAAAAGGAUUGACUGGACAUGCUAAAAUAAUGUUCAGUGAGUUCAGAAAGCCUAGUGUUUUUCCAGAUACCACUUCAUACAAUAUUCUCAUACAUGCUUUAGUCAAGAAAAAUGACUAUUUAUCAGUGGAAAACUUGUUGGUUGAUAUGCAUAAUAGUGGUUUUGCUCCUGAUGCCUUCACCUGUGGAUCCUUGUGCUAUGCUCUGUGCAGGAUUGGGAAAGUAACUAGUGCCUUGCAAUUGGAGCACUGGAUGGCCCAGAAUGGACUUAACCCUAAUAUUUCUUUCUACAAUAAUAUAUUGAAUGCUUUGUUCCGAAUGGCCAGAUUGUCUGAUGUUGUCUUAAUUCUAAGAAAGAUGCGUAUGGAAGGCGUUGAACCUGAUGCAAUUUCCUUGAAUAUUUUUAAUCGUGCAAUGUGCAAAUAUGGUAAUAAGAGGUUCCCAAAGCCCAUGAAUUUUAUCAAGAAGUUCAUAAUGAAUGAAUCAUAGACAGGUUCAGCUUGAAGAUGAACUGGAAUAACAUGCUGUCACUGGUGAUAAUGUGCACCCUCUGCUUCUGACAAUAUUAUGUCACAAUUGAUAGAAAUGGUGAUUAUUCAGAUGACAUCAGUGAGAUUAUUACUUUCAUUGAAAUGAUGGGGAUUCUGCUCAAGGUGUUUCAUAUCUAUUAUCAAUGCUAUAGUCUCUUAAGGAAGUGCUUCAGAUUCAACCUUGCGGGAAUUAAUGUUCUUGAAAGCUCAUCAAGCUUCCUAAGAGUAAGAAGUUGGCAGCAUCUAGGAGCCAAUGUUCCUGGAUUGACGCACCACCGACCCUGUUGCUGCUCCCGCCACCAUUUCCAGCCAUGAACUCUGUUUCUCGACACACACACACACACACACAGAGUGAUGAGAGGCGGCAAACGGUGACGGCAGUCAGCUGCGACAAGCGGCGGCGGUGAAUGACUGAAGAUGGUGGAGAAUGAGAGAUAGAAGGAAAGCCUUUUCUAACACACUCGCACAGCCCGAAUUGUACAGGAAAAAAAAAUUGGGUGUCACCUCUUUUAUAAAUUCCUGUGGAAUCAUAUACUUCCAUAGGAACUUAUUACUAUCAAAAUACUAUCCAAACACCCAAAAAUUUGGUUUCCUACAUAAUACUAAAUUACAUAGGAAUGAAUACUAUUCGUAUGGAAUUUAGGGCCAUCCAAACAGGCCCUUAUGGAAAAUCCAACAGUAGAUUCCAUAUGAAUGACAGUUGUCAAUCUCAAUUAUAGAUGGAUUGACUGAAAGGCUUUAUACAUUGCCAGAUGAUGUGUAUUAAAAGUUGAAGAAAGCUGUGAGGAAAAUUUAUCUGCAGUGAUGAGAUGCAGAAAGAGGAUUACUAAUUCAGAGCUUGGACAACUUACACUCGUUGGGUCUUGUUAAUGGCUUCAUUAGUAUUAAUCCUACUUUCGGAUUUCUACUGGAAUUAUUGCAAAGAGAAUCCGGAUAUUGUCUUCGACUUGAAACUCAUUGUACAGAAUGUGAGAUUCUCAGAUUCCUCAUGAAUCUCCUCACUGAAGCCGGAAUUAUCAUCAAAAGAAGCCAGACUCAUCAUGUAAGUGCAAAUGCUCAAAAGACGGACGAUGGUAUAUGCACUAACAGUUCGCGUUUGGAAGAUCGUAGAAAGAUCUGAAUCAAGGGUACGAAUUUGUUAUUUAUAAUUGCAAUAAGCAAGUUGUGGCGUUGGAGCCUUUGGAAGAAAGCUGAUCAUCUGCAAGAAUUCUAAAUUUUGUUCACUUUUGCUGCCUCUUUGAUGUUGUUUUUGUGUUUCUCAAUAAUGAAGUGGGGCAUUGCAAACAAAACUGAACAAAAUCAAUUUCUAAAUUUUUAAAUUAAUUAGACAUUAAGGUUUAUAUA